AUGACAACUAAAUAAAUCAAAAUGUAAACAUAACCUAAAAAAAAAUUAAAAUUAAAUUUUCAAUUAAAAAUGUAUAUAAAUAAAUUAAGUACAUUUCUGAAAUGUAUUAAGUACGCACAACUUUCGCAAAAUCGUUUAAAUUCAACGAUGCAAGAAUCAUGCGAUACCAUCCAAAAAUGUUUAGGAUUAUCAAAAUCUUACGCUUUAAAAUUAGUUAAAUCUAAUGGUUUAACACGAGUAGACAAAGAAAAUAUAAUUGAAAAUGUAAAUUUAUUAUCAUCACUCGGAUUUACAAAAGAAGAAAUUAUAAAUAACGGUGUACUUUUAAGAAGAUCAUGUAAGCAGUUACAAGAUCAAUGUCUUGUUUUAAAGGAGGUGGGAUUCAAGGAUGUAACUCCAACUGUUCUAGUGAAUUUUAGGAAAUUACUUUAUAAAACUGUGAAGACACUAAAAAAUAUGUCAUUUUUAUCAAAAGAUUGCAACGUUUUUGCUAAUCUUUUAACACAUUUAGAUCCAAAACCCUCAGAUUUUUUGAUUGGGUAUAAAUAUAAUGAACAAGAUAUGGUUGCGAAAAUCCAUGCAGUAAUUAUAAAGAAAUAUCUAGAAUGGCGCUUAGAGGCAACACCGACAGAAAUAGAAACAACAUUUAGAAAGUAUCGUACAUUAAAUUAUAAAAGUUUUCAAAAUAUCUCAGAAAAUAUCAAAUUUGCUUUAAGCAUAGGUUUUCCCCCAAAAAAACUUCUCGGAUUUAAUUAUGUUUUAAUAACCAAUCCUAAUUACCCUAAAACAAUCAUAAAAGAAAUGCCUUUUAUGCAUGAUUUAGAUAUGAAAGUAGCUAUGAGACGAUACCCAAAAUUAGCAACAAUUACACCGAGAAAUUUUAAAAAGAUUUAUGAAAUACUUAAAAAAGAAGAAUUUCCAGAUGAAUUUAUAAAACAUCACAUGAAUGUGUUCUGUUUAUCGCCUAAAACGGUUUUAUUUAGAUUAAAUGAGUUGAAACGUACUCCAGAGUUGAAUAUUUUAAGAGGAAAUCCUAACAUAUUGAAACUAAUUGUGCAUUAUAACAGAACAAGGUAUAGAAUGUCUAUUAUGAAGGAUAUGGAUUUGAAAUGCUUUACUGUUAAUCCUUUAGAAAAAGAUGAUGAGGAAUUAUUUGAUAAUAAAAUGAAACUUGGAAAUGAUAUGAACGCAAAAUAUGAUGUUAUUUUAUUAUUAAAAGGUUUAUUAAAUGCAGAUAAAGAUACUUUGAAAAAUGGUUUAAAAAAACACCCUCAUUAUUUAGAAAUUCCUCUUCUCGAGAUUAAAACGACAGUUAAAUUUCUUCAGAAAAAUUUUAGUAAUGAAGCCAUUUUAAACGUUUUACCCAUAGUUUUAUACCCAAUAAGCAAAAUACGUGAUGCUUUAAGGAUUCUUAAUUUAAUGAAAGAUCUGUCAUAUGGAAAUCUUUCAGAAACGAAUAAGUUAAAUUUGAUUCUGUAUAUCAUAGAAAAAUCUCAUCAUUUUACAGGGGAUGGAGUAUGGACAAAUAAGUAACAAAACAAAUUUUUUAAGCAGACUGAAAUUUAAUAAAACUUUUUUAAUAUUUUUAAA